AUGUUGAUGUCAGACUGUGGAAGUGACUACAAGGACUCGAGAAGCUCUGAAGGCGAUGGAAGGAAUCAAUUGGUGGACUCCACAGAUAUUGCAACAGCUAAAUUGACUCUGGUGGUUGAGGAAAUGAAUUUCUGUGAGGAAAAGAUUGUUCUUAUUCGAAAUUGUGAAUUUUUCCAAGCUUUAUAUCGCUCUGGAAUGAAGGAGUGCCAUCAAGAAGAAAUCCAUCUCAGCUGUUUACACGCUGGAGGAUUUCUUUUCAUGCUGGAUGUUUUCCGUGGCAAAUCACCGGCUAUUGAUGGGGACAGCUUAGUACAGGCCAUUGAAUGCGCUGCUUAUCUGCAGGUAGCUUCACUCACCAAGUACCUCAUUGACCUCAUUGACUCGGACAACUGUCUUCUCAUGUUUCACUCUGCUGCGAUUUUUGGGCUCAUGGAUCUCUACUACGCUGCAGCGCAUUUCAUCCGCGACAUGUACCCCGACCUUCAGGAGGAAGUCAAGGUCAAUUUGCCGGCAGAGCUUGUCUUGUUUGUGGAGGCCUUGAGACCAAGCGUGCUGGUGGCAGUGGGCGCCCACGUCACCUGCGGCUCCGGAGAAACUGUCCACGCAGCUUCCAGAACGGUGUGCUACCUUGACGAAAACUUGAAUGAAUGGAGAAUGUUGACAGAUCUCCCACCAGAGGCCAGCACCUUCAUGUCUGGAGUCACUGUUUUUGAUAACAAGCUCUACAUCAUCUGUGGUGUCCAAGGAGUCCACAAAGAGGUUGUGCAGUCUUGUUUUUGCUACUCUGUUGACAGCAACACCUGGGAUCAUAUCGUGAGUCCUUCUCAGCUGCGCUAUAAUUUCAGCCUUGUUGGUGUUGAUGGUCACCUGUAUGCCAUUGGAGGAGAGUAUGACCGUACGUUGAUGUCAUCUGUAGAAGUGUAUGACAUCAAGGCUGGACAGUGGGAGUUCGCAGCCCACUUACCAAGACCAGCAGCCGCAGCAGCUUGUACCAAAACACUGAGCAGGAUCUUCGUCUGCUUGUGGAGGCCAACUGAGACCACUGAGAUUUAUGAGUAUGUCUCACGUGUAGAUGAGUGGCGACUGGUUACUAAGCUGAUCAGGCGCCAGAGUUAUGGCCAUUGCAUAGUGGGGCACACGGAUAACCUGUAUGUCAUAAGAAACGGACCUUCAGAUGACUUUUUAAGAUGCAUGAUAGACUGUUUUAAUUUAAGCAGCCAGCAGUGGACGUCACUGCCCGGACACUUUGCUAACAGCAAAGGAGACCUUUUCACUGCCGUGGUUAGAUGCGACUCAGUGCUCACUGUCAACAGGAGCUUGACCCUUGAAUAUGUCAUUGGAGGCAAAAUCUGGAAGACUCGGAGACAGAUGAAGGGGUUUCCUCGAAGUGGAUCCCUGUGGACGUUUUUGCUUCGUCUUCCAAAGAUGACAUCAUGA